AGAAACAUCCAGGCAGAUCGUGCAGGUCUCUGCUGAGAGGUAUCAACUGCUGAAAACAUCACUGGUUCAUUUCACUGGGGAAUCCUAGAGAACUCACAUCUGCCAUCGAUCUCCACACCUGUGAGUCCCCUGCAGGAUGCCAGGGCAGAACCAUGUGCUGUUGCUUUGCUGUUUGUGUUCACUGGGCAGUGCUAACUGGCUACAGAACAUCGGCACAAAUCUCUUCAGAUCUCGAGGAGACAUAAUGCUCGGAGGACUCUUUCCUAUCAAUGAGCUCACCAGCAAUCUGAGCCAACGAGAGGAGCCUAGUGACAUACAGUGUAACAGGAUCAACAGCCUUGGCCUGGCUCUGUCCCUGGUGAUGAAGUUCUCGGUGGACAACAUAAACGCUGACCCCAAUGUCCUCCCUGGGGUGAGGCUGGGCUUCGAGACCUACGACACAUGCCAACAGCCAGCUGUGAUCAUGAAGCCAACCCUACUCUUCCUCAGCAAUGGCACCACAGAGGAGGUGGCCGUCAAGUGCAACUACACAGACUACGCCACACGGGCUGUGGCUGUCAUCGGCCCAUUAACCUCGGAAAUGUCCUCGGUUGUCGGCAAGUUGCUUGGGUUCUUCCUGAUGCCACAGAUCAGCUAUGGUUCCACGAGCGACAAGUUCAGCGAUAAACAGCUGUACCCCUCCUUCAUGCGCACCGUGCCCACAGACAAAUGGCAAGUGGUGGCCAUGGUGGAGCUGCUGAAGGUGUUUGGGUGGAACUGGGUGGCGGUGGUGGCCAGCGAGGACGAGUAUGGACGGCAGGGCCAGCGACAGUUCUCCGCUCUGGCGUCGAAGGAAAACAUCUGCGUGGCCUACGAGGGGCUCAUUCCCAUCUACAGCGACCCUGUCCCCACCAUCAAGGACAUCCUGGAGAGCGUGAACGAGACCAAGGUCGGGGUGGUGGUGCUCUUCUCUCUUGCUCAGCCUGCCGCCAAGUUCUUCAAAGAGGUGAUCCUCCGGAACAUGACGUCAGUGUGGGUAGGCAGCACUGCCUGGGCACUGCACAAUGACAUCAGCACACUGCCCAACAUCGACAAGGUGGGCACCAUCCUGGCCUUCGCCGACAUGAGCCCCCCACUGGCCCUGUUGGACCCCUACUUCCAGGCUCUCUUCUCCCAGAUCCAACAGCAGAGGCUCAACCAGUCCUCCCAUGACCCCACUUUGGACAUCCCCUCCAUGGACAACCCGUGCCCAGCGUGCUGGUACCUGUCCCCUGACAACAUGAGCCUGGUGAAGGACACACUGCUGCAGAGGAACGCCUUCAGUGUGUACGCAGCCGUCUAUAGUGUAGCUCAAGCUCUGCACAGCCUGCUGGGCUGCAACGCCACCAUCUGUCAGCAGUCCAGCUACAAAAUCUACCCAUGGCAGUUGCUAGAGGAGUUGAAGAAUGUGUCCUUAGACAUAAAUGGAACUCAUUUUGAGUUUGAUGACGAAGGGAACCCCAGCAUGGGCUACGAUCUGCUGGUGUGGACCUGGAAGAAGUCUCAAGUAAAGUUUAGAGAGAUUGGAAAUUUCUAUUUGAACCUGUCCAUCAACAGCACACUCAUUGAGUGGCACACAGUCUCUAAUAGGGUCCCCCAGUCCACCUGCUCUGCCGACUGUGGUAAGGGAGAGGUCCGGCGUGUGAAAGGCUUCCACUCUUGCUGCUUUGACUGCAUCCCAUGCGAAGAGGGAACAUUCCAGAACCAUACCGAUGACAUUCAGUGCACCCUGUGUCCCUCGGGUAAGUGGUCUACCCCCAGCAGCCAGUCCUGCGUGUACCCCACCUACACAUACCUCACCUGGAACUGCUACGAAAGCCUGGGCCUGGUCCUGGCGGGGGUCGUGGUGCUGGUCUGUGAGGUCUCCGUUGGGGUGCUCUUCCUGCGCCACCGGGGCACUCCUAUGGUGGACGCAGCUGGAGGGGCACUCUGCGGCCUGUCCCUGCUCUGCCUGAUUGGAUGCUCUGCCAGCCUCGUGCUCUUCCUGGGCAAGCCAGGAGAUCUGGUGUGCCGCCUGCAGUUGCCACUCAAUGCCAUUUUCCCGACCGUGACACUGUCCACCAUUUUAGCCACCUCUCUACAGAUUUUGUACGUCACCGAGUUCCCUGAGAAGAUCUCUGCUCACCUACACACGUUUCGCGGUCCAGGCAGCUGGCUGGUGGUGCUAGCAUGCAGCGGUGUCCAGGCAGGGCUGUGCGCCUGGUUUGUCCAGGAGGCCCCGACCCUGACGCACUUCCGUACGAAUCUGGAGGUGAACUUUGUGACGCGCUUCCUCAGCUGCCCUGUGACACCACUGCUCAACUUUGGCAUCUCACUGGGUUUCCCAGGUGUGCUGGCGCUUGUGUCCUUCAUGUGCACCUUCAUGGCCCUGAAGCCGGCUGGCCAGUACAACAUGGCGCGGGACAUCACCAUAUCCACACUGGCCUACUGCGUGGUGUGGGUGAUCUUCGUGCCCAUCUACACGGGCCUGGACGACAAGAAUAAGUCCAUCGCUCACGUCUCAGUCACAUUGAUCAGCCACAUGGGCCUGGUGGCGGCCUACUUCUUCCCCAAGUGCCACUUGCUACUGAAAAGGCCGGAGCUGAACACAGCAGACCACUUCCGGGCCAUUCUGGAGGGGACCAUCACACCAGCUCAGGAGCAACCGGCUCAGUGAUCCAGGGAAUGACAAAUGCUAAUAUACUAUACUGAACUGCCCAUGAAGAGAAUUCAUAAAACUUCAUGUUAGAAUGAACGCAUGUUCAUUUAAAGGCAUAAACCACACAUUUGAAAUGUAUUUAGUAUAUUAGUUUAAGGAGAAUCUUUACAUCCAUCUACACAGGCCUGAGCAUGAAGGCGUCCUCUGCCUGCUCACAUCAGUCAUCUGGUUCUGUCAUGUGGAAGGGACCAUGACAUCUCAAGAAGAACUGGCUCAAUGAUACACGUGUGACAUAUGCAUAUAUA